UAUAAAAACACCAUCUUUACUGGACAGAACGAAUUUCACGAAGAACCUGGGCGGAUCCAACAACUAAAGUCACUCUCUUUCGUCCAAAAAACAGAAAAAAAAAGUCACUCCUCUCAGUUUGCUGCUAAUAGCGAAUCAAAUCUCUCUCCAUACAACAUAUUCUUGUCUUCCUCCGAAGUACUUGAAGGAACUGGUUGAUUCAGAGAAAUGCUUGCUGGAUUCGGUGCAGUGGAAAUGGGUUUAAAUUAAUUAGGUCGAAACAAAGGGUUGGUGUCUGAGAUUCCUAAAUUGUGAAGAAUUUAGCAUUGUUUCGCUGUGAAUUUUCUAGAUUGUCGAGUUUUCGUGAUCCAGGAAGCUGAUUUUUGUCCAUCCUUUGGCAUUGAAUGUUGGAUCACUUGAUUUGAAAUAUCGUGCUUUGAACGUUGCUAGUUGGCCUGGUUUCUGGAUUUGAAUGCAUACAAAUUGUAAUUUCUCUCAAUUUAGAGGUUUUAUCAACUUUUCGGCUCGUAAUUCAUUAUUAAAAACCUCUAUUUUGGGGUUUGAGGGAAAUUACAAAGCUAUCAUCUGGAGAUCUUCACUGGGUUCAUGUUUCAUACCAGCUGAUAACGAAAACCCGAGCUUGUGAUUUCAAUGCUAAUAGGAAUUGUCCGAGUCAUUCAACGCAUAAGUAGAAGUUUGGAUCUCAUGUUUGGUUAUGCUUUUUUACAAUUCUUGGAUAUUCAAAUUAAAGGGAUAGUUCUAUAUUGGAUCCAUAAUCAGCGGUUUGAAGGAGAUUGUGUUCAAUUUGGACAUGAGAAGCCACUGGUCUCACCAACUCUUUGUCAAUUCUGGCCGUAAACCGCCACUCAACUGGUUACUUUUGUUUUUUGUUAGCAUCCUUGGGUUGAUUGUAAUCUUCAGCUCAUCUUCUUCAAACACCUUGAACUCUAUUGCCUCCUUCCCGAUAACUGACAUUUAUAAGAACUACAGAAGACUAAAGGAACAAGCAACAAUUGAUUUCUUGGAAAUAAGGUCGCUCUCACUGGGAAUAACUCACAUAGAGGAGCUCUAUCUUUGUGGUAAGGAAAGAGAGCACCACGUACCUUGCUAUAAUGUCUCUGCUAACGAGUUAGCUGGUUUUCAGAAUGGGAAGGAAUUUGAUCGUCAUUGUGGAGUGUCACGGGUGGGACAACGUUGUUUGGUUCGGCCCCCAAAGGACUACAAGAUUCCAUUGAGGUGGCCUGCUGGGAGGGAUGUCAUAUGGAGUGGCAAUGUGAAGAUAACCAAAGACCAGUUCCUUUCUUCUGGAAGCAUGACAAAAAGAUUAAUGUUAUUGGAGGAGAAUCAAAUUGCUUUUCACUCUGAGGAUGGUAUGAUAAUUGAUGGUGUCAAAGAUUACUCUCGCCAAAUUGCUGAGAUGAUAGGAUUGGGAAGUGACUCUGAAUUUCUUCAAGCUGGUGUACGCACUGUAUUAGAUAUUGGUUGUGGAUUUGGUAGUUUUGGAGCUCAUUUGUUCUCACUGAAGUUAAUGACUAUCUGUAUUGCGGCAUAUGAGGUAUUUGGGAGUCAAGUACAGCUGUCCCUUGAGAGAGGUCUUCCAGCAAUGAUUGGCAACUUCAUUUCAAGGCAACUUCCAUACCCAUCGUUGUCAUUUGAUGUGGUGCAUUGUGCUCAAUGUGGUAUCAUAUGGGAUGAGAAAGAUGGCGCCUUCCUUAUUGAAGUGGAUCGCGUGCUCAGGCCUGGAGGUUUCUUUAUCUUGACAUCACCCGCAAGCAAACUCCAAGUGGGUUCGCUUAGCUCCAUGUCAACACCAAUUGAGGAAUUUACCCAGACAAUCUGCUGGAGUUUAUUAGCUAAGCAAGAAGAGACUUUUGUUUGGCAGAAAACUUCAGAUGUUCAUUGCUAUGCAUCACGUAAGCAGGAUGGUGUACCUCCUCUUUGCAAAGAAGUUGAUACUCAAUCGUACUAUCAGCCCCUCCUAUCAUGUAUAAGUGGAACUAAUAGUAAGCGUUGGGUUCCCAUACAGAACAGGUCUUCAGGUUCCCAGUUGAAUUCUGCUGAGCUUGAAGUUCAUGGAGUGCAUCCUAAUGACUUCUAUGAAGACUCACAAGUCUGGAGAUCAGCUUUGAAAAACUAUUGGUCUUUGCUUACACCAUUGAUUUUCUCUGAUCAUCCAAAAAGGCCGGGUUAUGAGGACCCACUUCCUCCAUUUAACAUGGUACGAAACGUGAUGGACAUGAAUGCUCAUUAUGGAGGUCUAAAUGCUGCAUUUCUUGAAGCAAAAAAAUCAGUCUGGGUGAUGAAUGUUGUGCCCAUCGAGGCUGCUAAUACACUUCCCCUCAUACUUGAUCGAGGGUUCGCUGGUGUGUUGCAUAGCUGGUGUGAACCCUUCCCCACGUACCCCAGAACAUAUGACAUGCUUUAUGCUAAUGGGCUGCUCUCGAUAGUUCUCAAUUCAGAGUGCGACUUAUCUGACUUACUGUUGGAGAUGGAUCGAAUUCUUCGACCUGAGGGAUGGGUUGUCCUUUCUGAUAAAGCACAAGCUAUAGAGAAUGUGCGCAAACUAGUUACACAGAUCCGUUGGGAUGCACGGGUUAUUGAGCUCCAAAAUGAUAACAACCGGCGGCUACUUGUUUGUCAAAAGCCUUUUUUGAAGAAGUGAUUGGCUCAAAAUUGGGAGGUUUCAUAUUUUUGGGAAAAGAAUCAGUUUUGCUACCUUCAAGCAGCCAGUUGAAGUUUUCCUCAUCAUUGCUUGGAGUGUCUGAUGGAAGGACAUCAAAGAAUGGAACAGGGGCUUAUUCUGAAGCUGUAGAUGAGUACGAAUCCCUGAAAUGCAGUCAAGAGUUCAAUUGAUUACGAAUCUUCAGUUCAUAAAUUCUACCAAUACAAUUACUAGGUCUGGGAAGCAAUUCCCAGGUCUUGGCGAUGACAUGCCACAGAUAUUAGCAAGCUGAACAAACCGGGACUGCUUCUGGCUGUGUUUCGUAUUGCUCAGCUCAACUGACAGAAAGAAAAGGGCUGCAAUAAGUGUUUUCGGGUAUACGGGUAUGGAUGUAAGCAUAGCAUGAGAUGAACUCAGGAUGAAAAGGGUGCUCUAUGAUAGUGAUCAUAGCCUCAAGCUGAAGCCCCAUACGGCAAGCAAUGUUUCCACAUGAUCAAUGAGCGAUAGUGGGGCAUGUGGGUUUGAACCCACAAUCAGUCCAUUUGAGUGGUAAUGUGGUUGAUCAAUUUGAACUUUAUCAAUGUUGGUCAUGUGGAAGUAUAAAGCUUUGUUUUAAAGAUUUAUUAUAAUCAGGAUAACAAAUGAAUGGCUAAAUAUAUGGGAUAAGGAUG